UUUUAUCUGUGUCGGCGACUCAAUGAUAUAACCAAAAUAAUUGCCACUGAAAAUCACGAUUUAAGUUUGAAUCCGACCGAUUCAUUAUGUUUUGUCGGGUGGCAGUAUUCCCUUAACAGAAAUAGUAAAGGGAGCAGAAUAUUUGAAAGGGAAGCUGUUGAAUUUCUCCAAAACCAUGGAAUUUUACCGACGACAAUGACUUGUCGUAAUGGACAUGUAGCAAAACUACACUUUAAUAAACACAUAUAUUGGAGAUGUUCCAAAAGAACUUGCCAAAGAAAAAUGAGAAUACGAAGUGGAAAUUGGUUAGAGGGUUCGCGUAUACCUAUCUCGACGAUCUUACGAUUUAUGCGAUGCUGGUGUGAGGAUUUAACCUCCAUUGAAUGGUGUCAACGCGAACUGAAACUUUCCAAAGAUACAACUGUUGACUGGAAUAAUCGUAUGCGGGAAGUUUGCAUUUUCGCCGUGCAACGAAAUAAGAAGAAAAUUGGAGGCGAGGGGCUUAUAGUUGAAAUAGAUGAAAGUUUGUUUACUAAAAGGAAGAAUAGCACUAGCAGGAUGUUGUCACAACAGUGGAUUUUUGGAGGGAUAUGUAGAGAAACAGGCGACUUAUUCAUGGAGGAAGUUCCAGAUCGUAGUGCAAAGACCCUUUUGACAGUUAUUACGGAGAACGUCAAAGAAGGAACGACAAUCUAUUCUGAUUGUUGGCGUUCAUAUACAACUGAAGAAUUGAAUGAAACUGGAUUUGAGGACUUGAAGAUUAAUCAAAAAUAUAAUUUUGUAGAUCCUAAAAUGGACAUAUGGAGAAAUAAAAAACACCGAGGAACAGCUAGACACCAACUUAGCACAUAUUUAGCAGAGUUCUUAUGGCGGCAACGUGUGCGAGAUCAGGAUAUUUUUCUUGCAUUCUUGAGGGAAAUUCUUUCUCUAGAAAAAUAG